UGUUAUAUCGACGAAGUGAGUCUGGGGAUUGUUUACUUACACUUUAAACUUCGUUUGAUUUACUUGCGUAAAAGCCCCAGGAGAAUUGAUAAAUCAUCUACUAGAGUCCGUUAAAAUUUCCAGUAUGUCGAAGAGGGUAAGCAUCGUCCUGCCGGACGAAAUGCCUUCGGGGUCCGCACGUAAAAAGGCCCCUUCGAAACAAACUAGAAGCUCCAUGAAGAGCAGAAGCCAAUUAGCAUAUGAGCCUGUAGUGUUCUUGGCCGUUAGCCAGGAGAGCACUCCUUCCUCUGUACUUUCCAGCCAGCAAACCUCCAGCAGCCUUUGUUUGCAUGAGACGUCGGCGCAACAGCUCUCAUCGGAAAGCGUCGCUACCCAAGACACCGCUCUGAACAGUACUUCCUUGGUUUUGGCUAGCCAAAGACCUAUGUUCGCUGAUCAACCGCAAAGUAUGGAUUCUUCUGCAAGCUCCAUUAAGCAGUUUCUAAGGAACACCGUCGCCCUAGUCAGGGCGGGAGAGUCCUUCACGUCAGUUAAGCGACUUUUCUAUAAUUUUGUGAAGAGGAAUGGCGGCUCCAGCUCCAAUACUUUUUCAAAGGAGUCACCCACCGACCUAGCUAAGAUGGGUUCCUCCCAAGUGACCAGGCUGACGAUUCCCUACCAUACACAUUCAACGGAUACCUUUAUUUCCGACGUUCCAACUGCUUUUACAGUUCCCAGCACUUCUCAGAUGACCUCCAGUACGCCACACUCACACUUGUCGUUCAACCCAACAAAAUACGAAGUGACCAGCCUCCUCUCCGAUGUCACCCCCUUAACAGGGUACACUCCAAACUCAGCGCAGGCUCAGAGCACCGAAGAUGACGACUAUCUAGGCGAAACCUCCCUGAAUACUCCGCAGGACGGAAUAUCUUCGUUCGUUGCAUUAAGUUCCUCAAAUGCAGAUGGGCUAUUCAGAGCUACGAGUGAUAGUCAUCCAAGGCCCUAUCUGCCGGUAAAUUCCACGGAGAGGCCUAAGCGCUCUGAUUCCAAGUCGCGAAGUAGCAGCAAGAUAAGGAAACUCUUGAGAAAAUCGCCAAAGAGUUCCCCCCAGGCUUCGCCGCGAAUAAAUGUCCAAUCGGCAAUGUUACCUGCGAAUCUAAUGACACCAUCAUUCACACUCGUUAGCGCCUCACUUCCAAAAUCUGAAGACAAUCAGAGGCAAUUAAAGGCUCAGGAGACCUCGAAAUCUAGAAGCAGCAGCGUCUUAACCCCAAAUAUGACGCCCAGAAUGUCCGUCAGCCAGGUAACGAAGGAAUCUCAAUCCGGCUCAUCCCGUAUAGACGGGACGCGGCGUUCUUCUCUGAUCACUCGCCAUGCAUCAAGAUCCGAUUCCAAUUCAAGUACCGCGCAGAGGCAAAAAAAGUCUGUGAGGAUCAGAGAAAACCCAAUCCACGAGGCAGAGUUUGCCUUUGCAUUGGUUAGUCCCGAAGAAGGGGAUCCCAGCCAGCCAACAGAGGGGAGUAGCAAUCCAAAAAGUAUAGAAGAGGGAUCCAGUUGCCAGACAUACCAGGAGGACUGCAACUGCCAUCACUGCCAGGACAUGCGGCGGGCAGUGAAACGCGCCGAGUACUUCAACUCACCCCAGGGCCAGAAGCAGCUGGAGGCCAAGCUACUAGCUAAGAACUUCUUCAUGGACAUCAGCACGAUGUCGAUUGUGCGCGCGCAAAUUCAGGACGACCUGUACGGCACCAGGAAAUGUCCGCCUGCCAGGGUCAGCUACCCCGUAUGUAUCUGCGGAGCCAACCGGCUGGACGCGGGCUCGCUUUCCCUGAACUGGUUCACCCACGACCUGGAUAGCGUGGACCAUUUUGACUUCUUCGUAGACGAUAAGCCGAGUCGGAGUGUCUAUAACCUGCAUGCCAAGUGCACAGUCCUCGUAGACGUGGACGCCAAGAAGAUGCACAAGCUGCGCAUGCGCGCCGUGCCAGUUCGGGGCAUUGGCGCCCAAGCCACGCCGGUGGACAUACUCAUGUCGGAGGUGGUUGCGGGGCACAUGCGGAACGUGAGACAGGGGAAACUUUUCGACCGCUGCCUAAAGCACCUGGACACCCAAGUUCCUCAACCCUCGCUGGUGGACUUCUGGACCGACAGCGAGUUCCUUUAUAUGCCUGUCUAAGUUGGCAGGAGCGGAAUAAAGUGCGAUUUAUUCAUUA